AUGUCAGGUUCUGCUGAGUUCACAAGACAGAAGUUGUCCCUCGGGGACGACAGUGAUACCAGCUCACGAGCCUCUAUUCAGGUCGGUAUUGGUAAUGGCAGUUCUAUUGUUAAUAAUGGACUUGGAUCCGGUUCUGGUUCUGGUUCUAAUACACUGGAUACAGAUUUAGGUGCUGGAACUGUUCCAGCUGCUGUAACUACCGCUGCUGGUGCCACUGCUACCACAGCAGUUUCUGCCAUUGCUGAUAUUGUAAGCACUGCACCUGCUGCUGCUGACAGUCGACCUGUGACUGACAAUUUUGCAAGUCCAAUUGAUACUGCCAGUUCAGUAUUUGGUGCUGGGAUUAGUACUGGUGUUGGAUCAGUCGGUGGUAUCGCUAUUGCUCUUCCAGAUAGUCAAGACUCGGUUCAUAGUCCGGUUCGCAGCACAAUUUCCAGUGCUAGUUCCAGUCCGUUGACUGCUAACACUGCUGAUACUGCUACAGCCAGUCCAAAUAGCUCGUUUAAUUCUGUCAAUUCGUCUUCUGUUGACGAUGUGCCAAGAAUACUUCCUGUAAAGACGCUGAAGAGGAAGAAUUUCAAGGCUCUUUCCUUGCCAGUAUCAUCUCCAGGAUCUGGAAACAUCAACACAAAUGGACUUGGCAAUGGACUUGGCAAUGGAGUAGGUAAUGGCAACGGCAAUGGCAAUGGUACGUCGAAUGAUUUUAUGUCAGCAGGCUCCAAUGGCGGUCAUGUUCCUAGUCUGCUGGCCCCUUCAACGGCUGCUAGUGCCAGACAAUCAACCCAGAGAGUUGCACCAGUACCUCUGGGCAGCAUCAAUGGAAACAAUAACAGCAAUAACAACAACGGUAACCCAAAUAAUAGUAAUAGUAGCAUCAACAAUAACAGCAAUAGCAUCAACAACUUCAAUAAUAAUAGUAACAACAGCAACUCUAACGAUAAUAUCAAUAGCAAUAUCAGCAGUAAUAGCAGCAACAACGGUAGCAACGGUUCUUAUGACACAUCAUAUGGAGCCAGCGGUCCUGUGGACUCAUCUAUAAAUAACUAUUCCAGUAACAGCAUUGGUGUUUCGACUUACACAGGAGGCGGUAACAUUGUGACCCAGCUUGCAUCUCUUGAACUGGGAGUCGAGUUCAAAUUGGAUCUUCGAGAAGAAGAUUUCGAAAACAUCACAGAUCUCGGCCAUGGAAAUGGAGGCACUGUCAGCAAAGUAGUGCAUGUGCCUACAAAAACAGUCAUGGCUAAGAAGGUCAUUCAUCUGGAAACUAAACCCGCUGUUCGUAAACAGAUUGCUCGCGAGCUUCAUAUUAUGCACGAAUGCGAGUCCGACUACAUUGUCGGAUACUAUGGCGGGUUUGUCACUGAAAGUAGUGUCAUUAUUUGCAUGGAAUACAUGGACUGUGGUUCUCUAGACCGCAUCUCCAAACUUAAAGGGUCUAUCAAUGAAGGAAUCAUAUCCAAGAUUACCUACGCUGUUGUCCAAGGGUUGACUUAUUUGUACGACGAGCACCGGAUUGUUCACCGAGACGUCAAACCAUCGAAUGUACUCGUCAACUCACGAGGCCAGGUCAAAUUAUGCGAUUUCGGUGUAUCUGGCGAGCUUAUUAACUCGCUUGCCGAAACUUUUGUAGGAACCUCGACGUACAUGUCACCAGAACGCAUCCAAGGAGCAGCAUACUCUGUCAAAGGCGAUGUAUGGUCGCUUGGACUGACCGUUCUCGAGCUGGCAAUUGGUAAAUUCCCGUUCUCAUCUAACAAUGGAGGUAACCCUGGCAGUAUUCUCGAUCUUCUACAACGCAUUGUCAACGAAGACCCACCUGCACUUCCCGACAACGGCCAAUUUAGUCCCCAGUUCCGCAAAUUCGUCGACAAAUGUCUCUACAAAGAGCCUCAACGCCCCACCCCCCACGAACUCCUCGACCACGACGCAUUCAUCCUCACCGCCAAACACUCGGCCAUCUCCGUCGAAAACUGGGCCUGCGACCUCUGUAUCGACUAA